GGAAGAAAAAAGGCAGGAGGCGUCCGGGGCCCGGCGCGGCGACAGCCCGCUCAGAAGUAUGCGGAGGGCCCCCUCCCGGGCCCGGGCACUCGCGGAGAGCCAGCCUCGCAAAAGUUUGGUGGCGGCGGCCGCGCCGGCGGCGUCGAUGGCUGCGCGCCCCGCGGCGCGCGGGGGCUGAGCGGGCGCCACUCCCCCCCCCCGGCCCCGCUUUUGUGUCUCGCGCCUCCUGCCCAUGCUGCGUCCGGCCCCCUCCUGCGGCUGCCGCUGCUGAGCGCUCGCUCGGGCCGAGCGGAGGACGGGACGGCGGCGGGGGCGGCCGCGGCGCGGAGUCCAGGCGGGACUAUGGGAAACGGGAUGUGCUCCCGAAAGCAGAAGCGGAUCUUCCAGACGCUGCUGCUGCUCACCGUGGUGUUCGGCUUUCUCUACGGCGCGAUGCUCUACUACGAGCUGCAGACGCAGCUGCGGAAAGCCGAGGCGGUGGCGCUCAAGUACCAGCAGCACCAGGAGUCCCUUUCCGCCCAGUUACAAGUUGUGUAUGAACACAGAUCAAGAUUAGAGAAAUCCUUGCAAAAGGAAAGACUUGAACAUAAGAAAGCAAAAGAAGAUUUUCUUGUUUAUAAGUUAGAAGCACAAGAAACACUAAAUAAAGGAAGGCAAGAUUCCAAUAGUAGAUACAGUGCAUUGAAUGUGCAACAUCAGAUGUUGAAAAGUCAACACGAGGAGCUAAAGAAACAGCACAGCGACUUGGAAGAGGAGCAUCGCAGACAAGGGGAAGACUUCAGCCGGACGUUUAAUGACCACAAGCAGAAAUACCUGCAGCUGCAGCAAGAGAAAGAACAAGAACUUUCUAAGCUAAAAGAAACUGUGUACAAUUUGAGAGAAGAGAAUAGACAGCUGAGGAAAGCCCACCAAGACAUGCACACACAGCUCCAAGACGUCAAGCAACAGCAUAAGAAUUUACUCUCCGAGCAUGAACAACUUGUAGUGACUUUGGAAGACCACAAGAGUGCACUAGCUGCUGCACAGACUCAAGUUGCAGAAUAUAAACAACUGAAAGAUACUCUGAAUAAGAUUCCAAGCUUUCGAAAACCAGAACAAGCAGAGCAGCAAAAUUUUACCCAGGUGGCACGUUCUCCACAAGGUGACAGCACAGCAAGGGAGAAGUCAGCUGGAGAGCCACGGGAGGUGUCUCGAGAUAGUGAUGUGUGGCGGGAGCAUGAAGCAGUUCCUGGAAGAACAGAAGAAACAAAACCUUAUUCUCCCACCCAGAAGGUGGCGGGAUUUCAGGCUCCCGCAGGGCUGAACCAGCAAGAUGCGGGACCCAGAGAGCCGGAGGAGCAUCAGGUGGAAGAGGAGCACAGAAAGGCCCUCGAGGAGGAGGCGAUGGAGCAGGUCGGGCAGGCCGAGCAUCUCGAGGAGGAGCACGAUCCAUCCCCAGAGGAGCAGGAUCGGGAGUGGAAGGAACAGCGUGAACAAAAAGAAGAAAGCAACCUCCUGGAAGGGCACGCUCAUGCUCAGGUGCGAGGUCAUCCACUUCAGGUGUAUCCUUCAGCCAGGCCGGUUACCAGAUUCCGAUCGCCGUACGAGGAGCAGCUGGAGCAGCAGAGACUGGCAGUGAGGCGGGCCGAGGAGGCCCAGCGGCUGAGACAGCAGCAGGAGGCUCUGCACCGGCAGAGGCUGCAGCAGCAGCAGCUCCUCGCCAGAGAGGUGGCCCGGCCGAGGCCAGCGGGGCCCGAGGAGGGGCAGCCACAGCACCCGGAGCAGCUACGGCAGCAAGCUCGUUAUGAUGCUAUGGAUAAUGAUAUUGUUCAGGGAGCAGAGGACCAGGGCAUCCAGGAAGAGGAAGGAGGUGCCUAUGAGAGAGACAACCAGCACCAAGAUGAAGCAGAAGAAGACCCAGACAAUGGACGUGAGCCUCGAGAACAAGGGCCGCACGAAGCUGACCCAGAAUCGGAGGCAGAUAGGGCAGCUGUAGAGGAUAUAAACCCAGCAGAUGACCCUAAUAAUCAAGGUGAAGAUGAAUUUGAGGAAGCCGAGCAAGUGAGAGAAGAAAAUUUGCCAGAUGAAAAUGAAGAGCAAAAACAAAGUAAUCAAAAGCAGGAGAAGGCAGAAAUGGAGGAGCAUUUGGUGAUGGCAGGGAAUCCAGACCAGCAGGAGGACAAUGUUGAUGAGCAGUACCAGGAGGAGGGAGAAGAGGAGGUUCAGGAAGAUUUGACUGAAGAGAAAAAACGGGAAUUGGAGCAUAAUGCUGAAGAGACCUACGGUGAAAAUGAUGACAACGCUGAUGAAAAAAACAACGAUGGAGAAGAACAAGAAGUUCGGGAUAACAAGCGCCCCAAAGGCCGAGAGGAACACUAUGAGGAGGAGGAAGAGGAGGAAGAAGACGGGGCUGCUGUUGCUGAGAAGUCCCAGCGAAGAGCUGAAAUGUAGCCAUGCCCACUUUCACAGACAGUGCUCAGCCAACAGGUUCUUUUCAAGCUGCUCAAAAAUAAAUCUGCCUACUGAACUCUAGGGUAUUUAAUUGCAAAAAUUAAGAAUUUAGACUUUUUAACUUUUGUAUUAGAAAAGCUCAUACAUUUAUAUGAAUAUAUUUUGAUAACCUAGGUUAGAGCUUCUUUUAUAUUCAAACUAAACAUGAGCAAGAAGAAAAACAGUAAAGCAAACCUUAGACUCUGAAUCUCACUUUUUAUAGAUUAUGUGAUGUUGGAAAGGACAUCGAUUUUGUAUAUGUUUCAACUUACUUUUCUAUCUUCUAGUUUCCAGGUGUUCUGUUGUUUGCCUUUGAUAAAAUACAGGAUUUCCAAAUAGGGAAUACUGCAAAAUGCUGUGCAGACUUUCAGGAGAAUGGCCAGUUUACUAAUUCUGCCUUUCCGAGGUUCUUGUGUAUAGUUCUGAUAGGAUUGUCACCAGUCUGUGUCUCUCUGGAAUAAGAUCCACGUACAGAGUGGCGUACAGUUUGAAAGGCAUUUUUGUUAUAAAGAAAUUGUUUUUCAGACUUUUCAGAUCAGUUAGAAAAAUGUUUGUCUUUAUUUAAAAUCACAGCUGUUCUUGAAAGGAAUUAAAUUUAAAAGUGAGAUAAUACUAAAAGUCAUUUGACAGUAUUCUGGGCUUAGAUAUUUCAGUAUCCAAACAAGGUAUGACACAUCAGUGUAUUAACCUUUCUGAAGGACUGACUCCUUGUUUAAUAACUAAUUUAGUGUGUAUGGGUGGUGUUUCCUACAUAAGCACCCGUUCUGUUUUUUUCUUGAAGUCACCUAGUGACAUCCUUGUUUCAGUAUCUAGUUCUCUACAGUAAUAUAUCUUUCCCCUGUAAGCCCUGCGCCUCAAUAUGUAAUCACUUUGAUGACAAGUCUGAAUAUGAGGGCAUACCAAAUUGUACGAUUGAAUAGGGUGAUUUUUCAAAAACUGUACGGUAAAAUGCACGUUGAUAUGAUAGACCCUCAUGACUUUUCUGUUUGCUGGGAUUGGGUCUGUAUUAUGCCCACAUGUAGGCAUUUUAACGAUUAUGAAUUAUAACAAUCCCUUAAAA